AUGCUGUUCGAGCCUCCUUUUAAUCAUUCGGGGCAGUACCUCUUUGGCACUUUUCAAGAUGACUAUGAUGGUACGAUUGAGGACUCAUACAAGGCACCCACACGAGUGGAAUCAGAGGUUGUCUGGCUGGAGUUGCUCGAUACCGGAGGCGAUGCCAGUCUCGAGCACUUGCGCACUCAGUGGUGUCGAGCGGGGGCCGCUUUCAUCAUUGUCUUCAGUUGCGCCUCGCGGGAUUCUUUCAACAGUGUACGCUUGUUUGGACAAGAGAUUGCAAAGCAUCACCGACCGGGUUAUCCGUUAGCCCUUGUGGCAACCAAAACCGACCUGAGGCACGAAGUAUCCUGUCAGGAAGGCCAGGAGAUGGCCAAGAAGCUAGGAGCUGAGUACUUCCAGGUCUCGGGAAAGAAUACAGAGGAGGCCAAGGGACCAUUUGCAUACAUUGCUCGCCAUUUCGUGGGCUUGAGCACGGGCACGACUGAUGCAUCGAAACCGACAAGUGAAGGCUCCGAUAGACUGGAUCUCACCACAAGGAGAUGGACAUGGUCAGCGAUGCAGAGAGGCAUGAUUGCUUUGGUGGAGUCAGCCAUUGGCCCAUGCAUAGGCUGGAGCCGGAGAUAG